AUGGCUCCCCCGCCCCCCGCGUCCAUGCCUCUCCAGCAGAGGCUUCUGCAGCUGGCGCAGACGCUGCAGUUUGCCUGGUUCGGCGGCCACUUGACGCUGCUGUUCUGCACUCUGCGCUACAGCCUGUCGUGGCUCACGUUCAACUACUACUCGCGCAUGGCCCGUUUCUCGUACCGCCUGGCUUUCGUCGCUGCCGCGGUUACGUACGGUAUCGUGGUCUACAAGGCAUACCGCGCGCGCGUCAGGGCCGGCAAGCAGGGCGGUGCGCUUAGCAUGAUCGCCGACGAGAAUGUUCAGUAUUUGAUCAUGGCUCUCCUCUGGCUGUACAACGUGCUCCAGAUCCCGCUUGCCCUUCUGCCUUUCGCCGUUUACUCCGUGUUCCACGUGCUCACGUACACCCGCACCAACCUGCUGCCUGUUCUCCAGCCGCAGCCUCCGGCAGCUGAGGGCGCUAAGCCCAACCAGUCCGCCCUGUCCAACACCAUCGGCCGCUUUGUCAAGGAGUACUACGACACCAGCAUGACUCUGGUCGCUGUCCUCGAGAUUGCGCUGUGGUUCCGCGUUCUUGGCUCGGCUCUCCUCUUCCAGCGUGGCUCCUGGGCCCUGCUGAUUUUCUACACCGCUUUCUUCCGCGCUCGUGUCUCGCAGAGCACCUUCGUCCAGUCGGCCAUCCAGCAGCUCACUGCCCGCGCUGACGCCCUCGUCCAGCAGCAGAGCACCCCUCCGCCUGCCCGCCAGGCUUGGGAGACGGCCAAGGGCUUCGCCAAGCAGGCUUUUGACGCGACCGACCUGAACAAGUACGCCGGUGGUGCUGCCGGCCCCAAGAAGGCCCAGUAA